AUGGCAGCAUGACACGAUGCAAGUCACGAGUCCACGAGCACACAAUCCGAGUGGAGGGGCCUACAUGUCUACUCGCCUGAUGGUGCUUCACCACACAACAAGCAUCAGCUAAGGCAUGCAAGCAUCGGCUGGGCUCGGCUCGGCUCGCUCGUCCGUGCCCGCCGUGCUGCCGCUUAUGGUCCCAUCGCCAAUCCGACGUGGAUUUCGCUGCCUACACGGACUUGAUACGUGUUCGCUGUCGGAUCAGCACUCCACUCACACGAGCGGAAGAUGGCAAGCACCGUCACUCACGAAUCCGAUGAAUUGUGAUUGUCAAAAUGUGGUGCUGAUGCGCUCUUGCGCGCGCGUACACGUGGAUCUCAUCUCGAGGCCCACCUCUUCGGAACAAAUGGAUCGUGUCUUGCACCGAGAUCGGGCCCUUUGCAUGCGUCUGACAAAUGAGACUCUUCACUUUGCCGGAGUGCAGUCAGGGUUUCAAUUAAGCGUCGCGAGCGCAUUGAUGCCGAUCGAGGUCCAUCCAGACGAGCUCCCUUCUGCGAAUCAUCAGGCGGUCCGGUCUUUUCGACCGUACGAAGAAGCUCGAGUUCCGAAUCCGAGACGUGCGUCUCGAAAUGGAGUCACGCGUGGAUCUGUGGCGCUUGCGCGUGACGUUUAUUCUGACAUGUGCUCACACGCCUGCGCCCCACCUCGCUCCAACCAAGCGAUUCGAUUCGGUCUGUGCAAUUCGGGUCAAUGCCAAGCGUGCUCGGUCAAUGCCAAGUAGUGCGCUUCAGCUAGCAUUCGAUUCGUGAUCCCACAUUUGAUUGACUUGCGAAUUGCUCGAUCGCAUCGAAGCAGUCAAGAAUAGUGGAUCUUUGACAAGCAUC